AUGACGCAUCGCAAUGUCGGUUGGCACACGCAAGGUGACGUCGAACAGAUCCAAGAUCAGUAUAUCCACAAGAACGUCUUCAAGAUUCGUGGAGCCAUUGCAGCUACCAACUAUUUAAGAGUUCCAAGGGAUGCUGUAAAGGGGACACAUGGACUGGGCCUGACAGGGCGAUACGCUUAUCUCCAAGUUCGGCGGAUUGGAGAUUUGCCGAUGACGAUUCAUCUCGAUUUCGUCACGAAUAAGAAAACAGCGCUACGUUUUACUCUGAGUUCCAUCUACCAGCUUUUUCGGAGCACGGGGACGGUGCUGAGGGUACCACUAAGUUUCGAUACCCGAUGGACCGUGGUCGUGGUGGAUAUGGUGCGCUUACUGGAGCUUCAUUCUUUCAAUCAAUAUGCACGAGAGACCUAUCGCCACCUCAAGACCAUCACAUUGUGUGCUUCAAUGAAUGUGCGAAACUUCUUCGUGUCUCCAACGCUGUACACGCCAACGACUUUACCCAGCUCUCUUCGUUUUCCUGGCGACUUUGGCGACCAGUACGGUUGGGUUAUAUUACCAGACGGCGGUUCUUCAGUUGAUCACGAAAUUCAUCAGCACUGUAAGCAGGAGGAUCUACGUAUCGCUGCAACGCCCACACCAGUCCAAGUGCGCCGAAACUUGAAUGGAUCAGCAUGUUCUAUUAACAAUGAGGGUGAAGCAGAAGAGUAUUCGUCAAUAAACGAAGCCCAGGUCGAAGUUAUCACAAAAUUGUCACCACGAACGAGAGACGCAAACAUUCGAAGAGACAGAAACGACAUUUUGUCAAAGGCAGACCAAAUUUUACGCGACGCCGGUGUCUUUGUCAACGCGGAGUCAGCAAACAAUCGCGAGUCCAUCGACGCCGGAUAUCAAUCACCACUCAGUUCACCUACUAUGAAAUUCGCGUCAGGCAUGAAACAAGGACUACGAACUCGAAUCGUUUCAUCUUCCACUAAAGCUGAGUGGCCAGAUCCAAUACUGGAGCUUGAUCGUAUCAUCGGGUUUUCAAACAACUUCGCUCACAUGCUGCUUUGGGCCCCUGACGGCUCAGCGUGUAUUUACACAAGUGCCUCGACAAUAAUUUAUCGAGAAUUUUGCGAUGAACGCAGGACCAAGAAUGCAACUAAUGGAGCAGAUGAGAACAUCCGAAGUACUGAAGCAGUGAAAGGAUCGACAGAGGCGAGUGGAUCAGCUACUACAACCAGAGAAUAUUUCUUAUACGGCCACUGCGCUGCAAUUUGCGCUCUCGCAGUCACAAAUGACGGAAGUCUUCUGGCAUCCGCAGAAGUACCAAAAGAGUCGAAUCAAAAUGGCAUUAGACUGUGGAAUCUCACAAAUCAUGACUGUAUCACCGUCAUCAAGGCUCAACCAAAGGGAGUUCAUGCACUGUGUUUCUCUCCGUUAUCAAAAAGUCGCCUUCUGCUGUGCGUUGUGGGUCGCGAUGAGUGUUUUCGUACUCAAAUUUUCAUCUGGGAUUGCUCUUCUCUUCAACGUGGAAAGCUGGAUCCUCUAUCCACAGCGGUUAGUCUCAUGGCAAGACAAACGUCAGAUUUUCCUAUUGAUCGCAUCUCUUUCUCCCCUUACGAGCAUCGAGAUCAAUUCCAUCUCGUAUCCUGUGGACGAGAGAAUAUCCGAUACUGGCGCGUCAACCCGAACACCGGUCACCUCACAGGUUGUCCGGUAAUUCUCAACGAGUAUUCACGUGGAACAGUAUUCACAGAUAUCGGCUUCGACACAAUUGUCGAUUCACACCCGUCCAAUAUCCACCGAGUGCGUCCACUGUACGUAUCAUCCAGCGUAGGUACUUUACUGGUGAUCGACUACGACUCGAAACAGGUUAUCUGUGUAUACCAGCUCCAUGAUGCCAGUAUCAAUUGUCUGUCUGUAAACGAAGGUUUUUGCGUCACUGGAUCGGACGAAUGUUUUCUUCGCGUUUGGCCAUUGGAUUUCACGGAUUUCUUCUUGGAAGCUCAGCAUGAAGCAGGUGUGAGUUGCUUGGAUGUAUCGAGUGACGGGAUGAAAGUUCUUGUCGGUAGUCGCAACAACGCGGUCGGUGUGUUGGAUAUCGCGAGUCAACAUUACGCAACUUUACUGCGCUCUCAUACGAAAAAGGUAACUGCAAUGGCAGCUGCACCUUGGGGGUCUCCAUUGGCCUCACUACUCUUGGAAGAUACAGGGGUUGGUACAGAGAGCGAGUUGGUAACAGCUUCUGAAGAUGGUACGUUGCGUGUUUGGGAUACUUCGUCGGGACACCAGCUUUACGAGUUUGACAUCCAACUAGAACGCGUAGUGAGUCUGGCGGCUUCCCCUGUCAAUAGCGGCAUUGUCGCUGUAGGCUUUGCGUCAGGAUACACGCGUAUCUUCGACGUACAUCGAACAUCCCAGGCGACUGACAAUGAUGAGGUGCUGUCAAGUAUGUUACACGAGUUUCGACAACACCAGAGUUCGAUUCGACACAUUGCGUUUGAUACGGAUGCUCAGCAUCUUUUUACUUCGGGGAGUGGGAAGCAAUUGUGUCUGUAUGAUGCUCGACAGCAAGAUUAUUUACCUCUAAAGAUGCUGCUCGCAGACUUUGAUCACGAAGAUGGUCGGUUUGAGGUUAGUUUUGACAAGAAAUGGCUGGCUUUGGUCAGUAGUGAUCGUCAGAGUAUCGCGAUGCUGGAUCCUUGUUCGCUGCGUGUGAUAUCCACAGUCCGGCCUCCCAACCAAGGACAAGAAGAGACAUUGAAGCUUGCACGCUUUUCAAACCAUUCGUCCGAGUUGCUCGUGCUAUCAGCGAGUGACCGUCUUCACAUUUUCUCGUUACCUGGAAGAGAAUACGUACAAUCGAUGCCAUUACUUGGCCAAGAUGGCAUCAGCGCUUUAGUGAUGAGUGCUAACGCUAAAUACAUGGCGACUGGAGGAGCGGAUGGAUCCCUCCGAGUGUGGAAUUGGGACGAAAGAGGACGAAUCGGUCGAAUGCACCAGUCAUUCCUUGGACAUGCGGGGAAAGUUAACGAGUUGGCGUUCACAAAAGACGGGAAAGGCCUGGUCGCUUCAGGUGAGUCGAGUGCGAUAUGCAUCUGGCAAUUCCACGGCGAUUCCUCGCCAAUGUCACCAAGAGAAAAGAGUGGACCCUUAGACAGAAAGUGUUUUAAUCUGGCUGGACUGGAAGAGAGUGAUGAUAUGAACGUUGACCACGAUGGGCACAUGCAUGGAGAUUCAAGCAGUACGAAUGGAACAUCGUCCAAGACAAAUUUCAGAUUGAGUCUGGAAGACGAUGCUCUCACGCUCAAUUCAGGAAGUGAAACUGUACAACGUGGAAGAUUUGAUAGUGUACUGAGUAAUGGUGCGGAUCUCCAGGACAUCGAUAUUCCAACAACUGUCGUGGAAACCAUGACUGUCUGUGGCGAACUUAGUCUUUCUAAUGCGGUCGGUGGGUUUAACCCUUCCAAAUUUAUUUGGUCGUACUCGACGGGUAAACUACUUAGCGCCGCUGGUUCUGUCUUGGUUGUGGAGGAUUUGGCUUCGGGAGAACAACAAUUUCAUGGCGAUUUCAGUAGCAACAAGACCGAUUCUUUGGAUGAAAUUGUUGUGGUGCAAUUGUCACCAAGUGGUGAAAAUAUGGCGAUGAUCUCGUCUCGAUUUGAUGUUGUCGUGAUUCGAUCACUUACCCGCACUGAUGAAGACAAUACAUCGACCAAGAACGUGAUUUCAUCACAACAGGAUGAUCCAAUUCUGAUCACCCUCCUACCGGAUACUCGAGCUGUCACUUGUCUGGCGUUUGCCCAAUGUGCCGGCUACGGGACUAGCGAUCAACGUAUCUGUAUGGCUUGCAAAAUUGGGAAAAUGCCACAGAAUGUGGUUGUCGUUGCUAGCACAACUCAAAAAUGUAUCAUCUGGUCCAGUUUGAACAGCAGCGGAAUCCAACAAGCAGAGAUUCGACAAAUUUUAGCUACUUCAGAUUCCCAGUUCCUCCUGCUCCACAUAUCGGAUGACCACAGCGGAGCUCGUACACUUAGUAUUCAUCGAGAUGAAGCAACCGGCGCUUCUUGUAAAGUACCAGAAGCCACGACCGAAUCAUUGAUUGGCAUCUUCCCCACUCAAGUCCAGCUCAUCAGUCUGUUCAACACAAAAGGCAGAACUGAUCGACUGCGCUAUCUCGUAGGCAUCGACAACGAUCGAUACUGCUACUUCUACGAUCUUCAUCGCAACACAUUUAUCGCAUCAACUCAACUUUUAUUGUUACCAUCCAAGUCAAAAAGUGGCAACAACCAGGUGGACGACAAUGGUAAACGUGUAAGUACUUCUCGAAAACUAGUCGAGUUCUUGGAAUGGGUUACUACCGCUGGGAAAUCCUUACUUAUUUCAGGCUCCACAACUGAAAACGUGCUAUACGUUCACGGCCUACCAAUGUUAUCUACGAAACAUUCAGCUCGUAUACAAGUGGACUGGCAACGGAUGGCUCGAGCUGGAGUGUCUCUCUUGUGUAAGAUUUCGUUAAGUGGAGGUGGUUUAUUGCGCAGCCUCUCGGUCGAUCCUGCACGAGACGUCGGCAUUGCAACCACCGACGAUGGCACGACUCUUCUCGCUCACUUCGAUGCAUCAUCAACAACAAGAGUAAUACGAGAGGCGGCAGUUGGUAACCCAUUUGUUGCUGCUAGUGCGUCUUGGGCACUCGAAGGGGCCGUAAUGUUGUCAAUCUCACAAAAUGACAAUGCGAUUCGCGUUUGGCUACCCGAGCUAGCGAAGGAAAUUGCUACUUUUCAAGUUGACUCUGCGGUUUGUACAUCUUUCGCUGUCAAUCCGUUCUCUUCUCUUCAUGACAUUCCCCAAUCGAUGGUCAUGGCAGGAUACAGUGACCGAUCGUUUCGUAUCUUUGAUCUUUGUGAAAUGCGAUUACUAUCGCGGUUUGAGCUCACCUCAUCUUCUGGAAAGGCUUCGCGAUACGAAGGAUCCUUUAUCGACCGGAUUGUGUUUGUUGGACCAUUCAACGCUCUCGUUGUGACAAAAGACAAUUGUGUGUUGCUCGUUGACAUUUCCAACGCAUUAGAAGGCACUGAAGAAGCUCAAUCCACUCGACAAUCUAACGUACGGACACCUCCAAAGCGAUCAAUCUCUCGACCAGCCAAGAAAUCGCUUCAAGAAAGACCGAGAACGAGGCUGAAGUUAAGCAUUCCAGGAGGUCGUAAAACUGAUCGUGAGGUGGUGUACCGAGAGUUAGUUCUGCUCCCGUCGAGUUACAUUCGACGAAAGCGCCUGCCAGGUCUUGCAAAAAGCGAGCAAGUACAUGUGGAAGUAGGAGCUAUCGAAGUGAAGGAAUCAAGGGAAGCAAAUAUCCACCCGUUCCUCAUCGUGGUGAAAUACACUGGCCCAGCCAGAUAUGGGGACGGGAGAUGUAUGGUCAAAGUAUUCGCAGACCCAGCCACCAAUGUUUCGAACGAGGAGGAGAUAGCACCAACGGACGAGUGGAGGCUGAACAUUCGACCAUGUCUCGAUCAGAGCGUUGCUACGUUCAUGGAAAUUGAAUCGGGGUCUGUUCAAGUGUUGUAUGCAUACAAGACUCAACACACCGAUCACAGUUCUUCUGGCCGUUGUCAGUGGGGUCUGGAGCUCCGUGACUGCGUGCAACAAUGUGCCAUCCAGCGGUUCCGCUUCACCACCUCACUGUCCAACCCUGUUAUGCUACGCAGCAUUAACGCGAUGUUACUAAAUGAAUCUGAAGCUGCAGAGUUGCUGUUAGUUGAUGCAGAGGGGAGAAUGGCAGUGUUCGAAGUCGCGAAUCGUCGUCUCCACCCAGUUAACGCGCAGACUUCCCAGCGUCUGCAGUUAAAACCCUGUAGCAUCGUCAAACGUGCCGUUCUCCUCACGUCACCUACUCAGUUAGCCGUAGCCAGCCUCAACUUUCACUAAGCAGAAUCCCAACUUUAGAGCCAAGUCUCAAUUAACUUCAACUAGCAACCUGCACUUGUA